UGCAAGUGCUCCGAGACUUAGGCUUCGGAAAGGGCUCUAUGGAGGACAGGAUCACCGAUGAGAUCCGUAUUCUUAUCAAACAUGUCGAUGAGGCUAAUGGCCGACCCUUUAAUAUCCACAAAUGCCUGACGCCCAGUAUAUCCAACAAUAUCUGUCACCUGGUGUUUGGCCACCGGUUCGACUACGAUGACCCCAAACGCGUGGCUUUUGACCUGAUGUUGGAAACCAUUAGCAAGAAGUCCAUAAUAACCACAGCCUUCUUAUCAGCGGCUCCCCUAUGGUUAACAAAACGCAUGUAUAGUACCGGUGCUAUCAAUAGUAGGAAGGUGUUCGAGACUGUCGCCGGGGUUAUUAGGUCGGAGAUUUCAUCGCAUAAAAAGUCAAUGAAUCCUAACAACAAAUUCCGCGAUUAUAUCGACGGAUACUUAGCGGAGAUGGAAGUGAGACAACGAAAGGAUCCCAACACUCACUUCACCCCCCAAAAAUUGUCAGAAAUGGUGCGAAUACUGUUCGGCGCCGGGAGUAGUGCUGUUCAGGACUCCAUUGAAUUUCUGUUAUUACUGUCCGUCAGAUACAGCGAACACCAGAAGAGGAUUCACUCAGAGAUCGAUUCUGUGGUCGGAAGAGAUCGGAGUCCCUGUUAUGCCGACAGACUUCAUAUGCCGUUCACUCAGGCGUUCAUU